UAGAGUGUGUGUGGUUGGUCGGUCGGCUGCUCCUCGGCUCUGUGAGCGCGCGCGUGCGUGUGCGCGGGAGUGCGUGUGUGUGUGUGUGGAUGCGUGUGAGCGGGAGUGUGUGUGUCGCUCGCUCGCGCUUCUCUCGCGCUUUCCUCCACCUGCAGCGGCAGUUUUGUGCGCGAGACACUCCGCGCGCGCACAGAGAGAGAGAGGAGCGUGGAGCCUAGCGGCGCGAGCGCGGGAGAGAAACAACGGAGAUACGCCGGGAGAGAUAGGAGCGCGCGCGCCUGGAGGAAAUAAUAUAUUUUUAUAUAUUUCUGAAUCUGUGUUUUAUCGCGUGUCACGAGCGCGAGGAUGAUCGGGAGCGGUUCACUCCGGUUCUUCGGAUCCGUGCUGCUGCUGGGGAUGUACGUGGAGCUGCAGGUGAAGGCGGAGUGUAAGGCUGGAUUUUCUCAGAGUUUGUACACACUGCACCUCUCAGCGGAUCUGCUGCAAGACCCCACUGUCCACCUGCCCACAGAUGCUGGGCUGCCGUCAGGAUCAGAUCUUCUGCUGGCAUCAAGAAAAGUGGUGUUUAAUGGGUGUGAUGGUGAUGAAGGUGUGAGGAAGGUGAGGAUGGUGAGCAGUGACUCCAGGUUCAGGGUGGAUCCGGAUGGUUCUGUUUACACUCUGAGAAACGUCUUCACCAGUCUGACCAGUCCGGUCAGAUUCACAGUGACCGCACACACAGCGGAGAACACACACACCUGGGAGACCACCGUACAGGUGCAGCUGCAACGUCCACAGGAAGUGACAGGUAAUUAUACGGAGACGGGGACGGAGGACGAGGGACCGGCGGUGAUCAGAUUCCCCCGCCGCUGGAGCUCCAGAGCGGGUGGGCUGCGGCGGCAGAGGAGAGACUGGGUCAUCCCCCCCAUAAACGUCCCAGAGAACUCACGAGGACCUUUCCCUCAGAUGCUCGUCAGCAUCCGCUCAGAUAAGGAUCGCUCCAUCAACAUCCGGUACAGCAUCACCGGCGUAGGAGCAGAUCAACCACCCAACGAAGUGUUCAGCAUCGACCCGGAGAAGGGAAAGAUGUACGUCACCAAACCCCUCGACCGAGAGGAGCGCUCCUCGUACCACUUACGGGCUCAUGCAGUGGAUAUGAAUGGUAAUCAGGUGGAGCAGCCGGUGGAUCUCUACAUCUUCGUCAUCGACAUGAACGACAACCGACCCGAGUUCAAGAACCAGGUCUACAACGGAUCCGUCCUGGAGGGGUCCAAACCCGGUACGACAGUGAUGACGGUAACGGCUCACGACGCCGAUGACAUUACCACCUCUAACGGUAUGGUGUAUUACCGGAUCCUGCAGCAGACGCCCCACAGCCCCAUACCCAACAUGUUCACCAUCAACAGAGAGACCGGGGACAUCGUCACCGUAGCCGCCGGACUGGACAGAGAGAAAGUAUCUCAGUACACUGUGAUCGUCGAGGCGACAGAUAUGGAGGGAAAUCUGAACUUCGGUCUGUCCAACACGGCCACGGCCCUCAUCUCCAUCGCUGACGUCAACGACAACCCUCCCGAACUCACCCAGAGCACAUUUUCCGGAGAGGUGCUGGAGAACAGUGUGAACGUGGUGGUGGCUAAUCUGACGGUGAUGGAUAAAGAUGAGCCUCGGACGCCCAACUGGAACGCUGUGUACAGAAUAGUGAGCGGAGACAACGGCCGACACUUCACCAUCAGAACCAACCCGGAGACCAACGACGGCAUGGUGACUGUGGUCAAGCCGGUGGAUUUUGAGAUGAACCGGGCGUUCAUGUUGACGGUGGUGGUAUCUAACCAGGCUCCUCUGGCUGACGGGAUCCAGUCGUCUCUUCAGUACACGGCCGGACUCACCAUCUCGGUGAAGGACGUUAACGAGGCGCCCGUUUUCCCCGAUAACCCCAAAACCGUGCGCUUUGAGGAGGGCGUUCCAGCUGGAACCAUCAUCACCACCUUCGCAGCCAAGGACCCCGAUACCUUCAUGCAGCAGAGCAUUCGGUAUGCUAAGCUAGCUGACCCUGCUAACUGGCUCACCAUCAACUCCUCUAACGGUCUGAUCACCACCACCGGCGUUCUGGACCGCGAGUCCAUUUACGUUAAGAAGAACAUCUACGAAGCCACGUUCCUCGCUGCAGAUAACGGAUCUCCUCCAGCCAGCAGUACAGGAACUCUGCAGAUUUAUCUGAUUGAUGUGAAUGAUAACGCUCCGUCGUUAGUACCCCGCGAGGCUCAGAUCUGCGAGAGAGCGAACGCUAACUUCAUCAACAUCACCGCCGCCGACGCAGACACUGACCCCAACGUCGGCCCCUUCGUCUUUGAACUGCCCCCUCAUCCCAUCGCCAUCCGCAGGAACUGGACCAUCACUCGCCUCAACGGAGACUACGCGCGGCUGAGUUUGAGGAUCCAGUUUCUGGAGUCCGGCGUGUACGAGGUACCCAUCACCGUGUCGGACUCGGGGAACCCUCCUCUGUCCAACCGCUCCAUCAUAAAGGUGAAGGUGUGUCCCUGUGAUGCACACGGAGACUGCACUGCGGUCGGCGCUGUGGCGGCUGCUGGACUGGGUACAGGAGCCAUCAUAGCCAUCCUCAUCUGCAUCAUCAUACUGCUGAGCAUGGUUCUGCUGUUCGUGGUGUGGAUGAAAAGACGAGAGAAGGAAAGGCAGACCAAGCAGCUGCUGAUAGACCCCGAGGACGACGUCAGAGACAACAUCCUGAAAUACGAUGAGGAAGGUGGAGGAGAGGAGGACCAGGACUAUGACCUGAGCCAGCUGCAGCAGCCCGACUCUCUGGAGCACAUCAUGACUAAGCCCCCGGGGGUCCGGCGAGUGGACGAGAGGCCAGUGGUCCCGGAGUCUCAGUACCCACUUCGAGCAGUGAUACCCCAUCCUGGGGACAUUGGGGACUUCAUUCACGACGGCCUCCGGGCGGCAGAUAACGACCCGACAGCGCCCCCCUAUGACUCUCUGCUGGUGUUCGAUUACGAGGGCAGCGGAUCCACGGCCGGAUCAGUCAGCUCCCUCAACUCCUCCAGCAGCGGAGAGCAGGACUACGACUACCUCAACGACUGGGGCCCACGCUUCAAGAAGCUCGCCGACAUGUACGGGGGCGGCGACGAUGACUAGACCCUUUAAAAACACACAAAUCCACACACCAACUACACAACCAACAACCAAUCACCUGCCCAGCUCCAGAGAGAGACCUGUACAGAGAGACAGCUUUGUGGACCUUCCUCUCCCUCUGACUGUCUUCAAACAGAAUGCUUUUUCCUUUGAUUAUCCGUUUUUAUCACUUUCUUGGGUUGUUUUUGUUUUUUUUUUUGUUUUGUUUUUUACCCCCGUGUCUUGUUUUAUAGUCGACUUUGUGUUCACGCUUUGUACUCCUCGUUAUUUUCUUGAAGGGAAACUGAGUUUAGGUAACUGAGUCUGUGAGGCGAAAAGCUUUCUAAUAGCAUGAAUUUCGCCGCUAACAGCUGUCUCCCCCUCAACCCGAGUUCGACACACAGGCCUCUGCAGACGGCAGAAGCCGUGCUGCGGUUCGCUUGAGGUUAACCACGAAAUAAAAAAAAUAUAUAGAAAAAGAGGAAAAAAGGUAGGCAUUCUACUCUGAAAACAAGAGUCUGCAGAAGCCAUUCUUUUACUUUCUCAGAACUUGAAUUAUUUGGAGAAGAUAAGCACUGUCGUUGUUGUUGUCGUCGUCGUUAUUGUUGUUUAAGAAGUGCCUUUAGUGGUGCGUAGUUUUUGGAUUUUUCACAAACUCAGGAUUGGUCUUCUGUCUAGACCUUCCCCUGACAUCAACGCUCACGAAUAGACUAGACUAGAAUGGCCAGCCAUUAAUUCUUUAAGAGGAGGCGUGGCGAUGCAACACUUUACCAUUCCUGUAGAUUGCACGGAUUUUGGUGGUUUUGCACGGUGUCAAGCUAAAAAGUGUUGAGAAAGCACUUCCAGUGGUCAGGGCCAGGAAGGUUUUCUUCAUCAGUCUUGCAUGACUUUAAAACAAGAUUAGGUAAUGAAUUGAGACCACCAGAGUGGGCACCAACUAAGACUGAGGGGCAGAUUUAAGGUAUAAUCUGAAUAAGUUACUGCUAAUGGGCUGUUUUACUCUGAUAUGUGUAUUAUUUUUUUUUUACUUUCAUUUUUGUUGAUUUUUGCUUGAUUUCAAACCAAUGACUAAAAAAAAAAAAAAAAAAAACUAAAAA